CUUUCUUCUUCCUAGUAGUAAACGAAAUUGAAAAAGAAAAGAGCGAAGGAGCAGACACAAAGGAUAGCGCGGUGGAACGAGAACCGGAUUGAGAGCGCCUCCAUAGGGGGUGGAUAAAGGACAGGGGGGAAAAGGAAGGCUGAAAAUCGUAAGCAAUACAGGGUAGGUCAGCCUUGGUUGUCGGCGGUUGGCGAAUUGGUCGGGUUGCCAUGGAGAACGGUCGGGGUAUUCCCUGGAUUCAGGCCCGCCCCAACGGGAAACCUCCAUUCGGGAAAUUCGUGGCGUCGCCGAAGCUGCCGCGGGUGCCGGAGGUUUAGCUCUGCUCGGCUAAUCGAUUCUGCUACCAAUCAGCGCCCGCGCCGUUCCUCUUCGCGUCCUCUUUCUCAUCCUCGGGUUCCUCGGUCUCCCUCGCCCUUCCGAUGUUUCACCGUACCGCCGAAACCACCCUCUGUCACGGCUCCUCUACGCGCUCCACCUACGCGUGUCCUUCACGGUACCUCUUUCACCUAAGCACACGCCGCUUCCUCUGUGCGCGGUUAUUAUACUCGCCGACUAGGCGAGUCGGGCCUUGAUAGAAGCAGGGGCUAAGAGCCAAUCGACUCUUCAACCCUUUUCUUCGGCUUUCUCUUCUUUAAGGCGAAACGCUUGCUCAAAGGGUGGCGACGGGGUGAUUAAAACGCGGUUAGGUCUUUGAUUUUGUGUCACGGAUAAGAGAAAGCGGUGGAAAAUGUCGCGGUAGUACAUAUUUCAUUUUGCAUGUUUUACGUUGGGAAAUAUUUCGAUGCAAUUGAGUUUUCACAUAGUAUAUAAUUUCCUUAGUUGGUUUGAAGAGAGUUAAGAAAUUCGAAUAACACUCUAAAUAUAAAUUAAUUGAAAUAAUAAGUUUGCAAGUAAUUACCUGUUAAUGGCAUUCCUCGCGUUCCAUGAUGAAUCUCGCUUCCCGCGUAGAAUGGAGCAGCUCACUGUCGUCUCAUUUCAUUUAAAUUUUAUCUACACACUCGUUCUAUUUCUAAUCAUACGAUCGAUGCACACUUGAUUUAUACGCACGUAAAUUAAAUGGUUAUUACUGGACGACGGAUUCUAUGCAUGCACAGAAAAAUUGCAUUCGCAGCAAAUAAGGAAUGAUUACUAUCGACUUACAGUUAUGCGCACUGAAAGCUGAAUGCUUAUUUCAAUGUUCAAACGAUAAAAGUAAUGCCUAUUUAAAAUGCAGUUCUCUAAUUGACAUCACAAACGUUUUAUUUUGUAUGAAAACUUGCGAUCUAUUUACACCUUCGAACAACCGUCUCACUUUGAAACAAACACUUCCAUUUUCCUACAGGUCGAGCAACAUUGAGACAACAAAUGUUCCUAAAUAAAACCGGGAGAUUUAGAAAAUUUUCGUCCAAUGUCGAAUUUUAAAUUUUCAUAGGAAAAAACUUUGCACCGCGGGAAAACUGACGUCAUUAAGCAAUAAUUAUUGCAAUCGAGAUAAUUUAUGCAAAGGGAAUAUUUAAUAUUUAAAUAGAGAAUUGUCUCGUUUUCAUACAGACUUCCAAGAGUCCUCGUUCCGGGUUAACAACAGGUAACCUGGAGAAUCUCGAACUAUCGUCAAUGUUUAUUACAUCGCGAGAAAAAAAAAUAUACUCUCGUAUUGUAUUAGAGACGUAAAUAGAAUUUCUUGAAACUUUCGAUUCACAAAUACGCCAGAAUGAGCACCAAACACUUAUCUGCCGGAUCGAUGGCCCCACCCGUUGUACCUGGAAAAGUGCGCUUAUAUAGCAUGCGAUUUUGCCCGUACGCACAGAGAAUUCACUUGGUACUCGAUGCCAAAAAUAUACCUCAUGACGUUGUUUACGUGAAUCUGACGCAUAAACCCGAGUGGUUAUUAGAGAAAAGCCCUUUAGGAAAAGUUCCUUGCAUCGAACUAAACACAGGUGAAACGCUAUACGAAAGUCUGAUCAUUGCUGAGUAUUUGGAUGAUGCAUAUCCACAAAACAAACUGUUCCCUAAGGAUCACUUAGCCAGAGCUAAAGACAAACUAUUGAUCAAUGGAUUCAACACUAUUAUAAACAUCAUGUAUAAGUUGUAUGCCAAUAGCACUCUUGGGGACUACGUUGUUUUCGAGGAGGCACUAAAAGAAUUGGAACAAUUCGAGAGAGAACUCGCAUCACGGAGAACGCCGUUUUUUCACGGCAAUUCCCCGGGUAUGGUAGACUUUAUGAUUUGGCCAUGGUGGGAGAGAUCAGAAGUGAUCAAAGUUCUACGAGGAGAUCAAUUUUCUAUACCUCGCGAUAAAUUCAAGAGACUGUUGGAAUGGAGAUCUGCAAUGAAAGAAAAUUCUGCUGUUCGUUCAAGUUAUUUGGGCACCGAAGUGCAUGCUAAAUAUAUAGGAAGUCGUCGCGCUGGAACACCGGACUAUGAUUUCAUCGCAGCUUAAUUUAACAAGUCUUCAUUCAUCUCCUCUUGCCAUUUAUAAAUUUAUAUAUAUAUAUAUGUCGAUG